UGAAACGAAAUCACAAUGCUACAAAGCGUCAGAGACGUUAUGUAUAAGUCCCGUAUUUACCCAGGCAGCGACUCUUCGCCACGCGACAGUGGAUCCGAGAGCACGCCGUUACUCUCUUCGGAAUCUCGCACGAGCCCGGAACCAGUGAUAUUCGACGAUUCGGAAACGAGCGACUUGGAUCCGAGCCCGGCUGGUUCUUCCUUGAUGUACGGAAGCGUAGACACAACCGCUAGUUACAACACAAUCCUAACUGUGCCAAAGAGAUCACCCCCGAUACAGCGUAGCGAAUUAUUUGUUUCCACAAUGGCGAAUUCACCUUGCAUCGUAAAUCUCGAUCGCGAAAAAAAUUAUGAAUCGUGCAAUGUGAACUUGACAAAGACAAACGAGAACUCAAAGAAAAUGCACGAAUUAGAUUUUAAUCCCGGGCUCUUGACGUUUCAAUCUGAUGUGCAGAUUCCUUGCAAAGAUCUCAAGCCGAAGCAGAGUUCGCUGGUUACUAUGUAAGUAUCUUGAGAUAAGAUCCAUAACAGAGAAUUUAACGAAAAAUUUUUAAAACUACGUAGACAAUGCGUACGCUUUUAAUAAAUCGCGUACAAAGCGAUGAAUCAGUAAUCGAUAUCGUUUUCUACGUCUUCCAAAUACUCUUUUCAGAGAUAAUUAAAUAAACUCGAGAGAUUACAGCAGAGACAAUAAAAUUUAUCUAUCGUCCGUACGAUAGAUCUUUCCUCGUUAGAAAGAUUAGAAUUUCAAAAUCAAUUGAAAUCUUAAAUCAAGUACAUAUCC